UAGAGACAGCUACCCCAUAUUAUAGUACUUAAUCCUGACCAAGACCAUAAUUAUGUCCAAUGAUAUAAUACGAACAAAACUAGAAAGUUACCUUCAAACCAUAGAAUCAAGUCAUUUGGAUGCAUGUAUAAAUAACGUUACAAGAGCCAAAAAACGAUGUCUAGAAGCAAUUAAACUUUUGAAUGAAGUAUCUAAAUCAGAAACUGAUCCAGAGAUAUUGAAGUAUAUAACUCAAUUAUCAAAGUUUUCAUUAGAUUUCUAUGAGAAGUUAAACAGUAUAUCAGCUAGUUUCAGUUAUUCAAAUAAAUUAGAAUGGAUAAGUUCAAAGAUUGGUAAUGAUUUAUUCAGUUAUCCCGUCAUUCAUUUCGAUGAAAGUUUAACAUCAGUCAAUUCCAUAUUCAUCCCUAAUAAUAAUUUCACAGAUCCUAAUCAUACCAUUCAAGAAUUACCAUUGAAUACUGAGUUUGAUAGGUUUCAACUUGAUGAUUGGUCAACCGAUUUGAAUGAUUUAACUACUUUAUAUCAAGAUUUAUUAGAUAAUUGUUCCUUUGUAUCAUCUUUAUUAUCCAUAGUAAAUAUCCCAUCAGCAUUAGAUAAAGUAACAAAGAUUAUAACUCCACGAAUAAGAAGUGAGAAAUAUAGAAUCAGAUUGAACUUCAAUGGUGCUGCUAGAAUAGUCACAGUUGAUAAUACUUUACCUAAAGCAUAUAUGGGUCGAAAUUUAACCGUCACAUCAUCAAACAAUCCUAAUCUUUAUUGGCCAGCAUUAAUAGAAAAAGCAUAUUUAAAAAUAAUGGGAGAUGGAUAUAAAUUCAGUGGUUCUAAUAUGGCUAUCGAUACAUUUAUGUUAACAGGUUGGAUUCCUGAAAUAAUGCCCAUAAGACAUGGUACACUCCUGAUGAAAUUGAAAGAACUUUGGAAAUUACGCAAAGAAAAUAGAGUAUUGCUAGGUAUAGGUACUGGGAAUCUUAGUAAGCAACUAUCGACUCAAUUGAAUUUAAUUCCUGGUCAUGAUUACGUAGUUCAUUCGGUUGAACAGGAUGGAUCGGUUAUUGUUAAGAAUCCUUGGAUUGAAAAUAAUAAUGAAGAUGAACGAUUCAUUAAGAUUAGUGAUCUUACAAACUUUAGUUAUCUAUAUUGCAACUGGAAGAUUGAUGAUUUAUUGCCCUUAAAUGAAAAAGUGAGUUUCAUCUAUAAUGAUUCAAGUCUGUAUUUAUUUAAUCGUCCCCAAUUUUCAUUUUUUAAUUCGUCUGACAAAACUCAAGAAGCUUGGAUUUUCCUAGAAAGACAUCUUCCUAUUUCAAAGGAAAGUAAUUUGUUGAAUGUCACUGUUUAUGAAACUGUUAAUGGUAAUAGAGUAAUUGUACCAAAUCAAUAUAAAUGUGUGAAUAUUAACAACACCGAUACUAAUAAUAGAUUGAAGUUGGUCAAAUUAAGUCUUAGUCCAGGAACAUAUUAUACUGUGGUGAUCGUCAGUAGUAAAAGUUCAACUUUUACUAUGUCAUUACUUAACAAUUUCCAUGGUUUAAAGCUAUCCAAAGCUAAGCAUUUAUAUAAAAAUACAUUGCCAUUGAUUGAGGGUGAAUGGAACCUGUCCAAUUGUGGAGGUAACUGGUCAUUGUCGUCUUAUAUCGAUAAUCCUCAAUAUUGUAUUGAAGUGCAAAAAGAAACAGAUGUAUUAUUAUCCAUAUUUGGUAAUUUAAAGAACGAUGCUAUCAACUUCCAUCUUUUCCAUAGUGAAAAGCAUAUGAAGGAUGAACCAUUGAGAUCAUUUGACAAGUCUAAAUUGUUACUCAACGAACAUUAUUCUGAAGGUUAUCAAUUAUAUAACUUUAAGAAAUUACAACCGGGAUUUUAUAAAUUGAUAGUUUCAACUUAUGAUUAUGGAAGUAUGGGAGAAUUCCGAAUUCUUCUUAAUCAUGAUGAUCCAGAUUUAGAGAAUGUGAAGGUUAACAAGAUCUUUUCAACUUUAGGUCUCUUUAAUGAUAAAAAGAAAGUAUGUUGGGAAGGUUCUAAUCGAUUCAAAUUAAGAUUCACACUUGAUUCAUUUAAGUCGAAUAUCACCAUUCAUUUAAAGCAUUUAAAUGAUGUGGAUAGUUUAUAUGAUCUGAUCCAGAAUUAUCGACCAGCCAUCAGAGCAUCUAUUUUUGAUGCAACCACUUCCCAACCCAUUCAAAUUAAUGAACAAUGGAGUGAUUCAUUGUAUGGGAUAUACCUUGAUUGUAUGAUUCAAAAUCUGGGUGAGUAUAUACUUUUAGUAGAAAGGUUUGAAGUAGGUCGGGGGUUUUGUAUAGUAGAUAUUGGCUCAGAUAAGAAAUUAUCAAUUAUUUAAUUAAUUAGGUAAGUCUAAGACACAUUUACAGUUAAGCAUAAUUAUUAAUUUGUAGAUUUUUGUGAAAUUCACGCAAAAUGUUUUUGAAAUUGACUUUUUUUAACUUCUUUCAAAUUAUAAAGACCAUUAACUUAGUAUAUUCACAAUCAUUUAUACUUACAUUUCAUCACCUAUCAAUAACAUAGUAAAACACACCACGACUGUUGAUAGCUAUAGAUUAUAAAACAGUGUUGCAGCCAAAAAUUCUGUUUUAUUCAUAUAAAUCAUCCACGUGAUCGCAAUUCUCACAAAUUUUGAUAUUGACGUGUUGAACUUUCAAUUUUUCAAUUUU